UGCACUUUGGACUGCAAAGAAUGCUUUAUUCUCCAGGAGCAUGUUGAGCUUCAUCUACAGGACCAAGCUGCAGGUGUCUUACCUCAUAUCAUACAUUUUUGGGCUAGUCCUGAAGUUGCCACUUCAACAGAAGUGUCUUCUACAAGCAGUGGUAGAUCAGGUGAGUUAGCAAGUGUCCAAUGUGUUCCCUGAGUUGUUCCAGUAGCUCCUCCCUUCAAGAGCACGUUGAGCUACACCUGGAAUAUGGAUCCGCAUCUGUAACAGGACAUUCAUCUGAAGACCUGACUAUGGCCAGGAAGCUUCAGGAGGAAGAGGAGCAAAAGUGGAGGGAGGCUGCAACUAGACGGGAAGUAGAGGACUUUAAGCAGCUCCAGAAGCAGUUUGGGCUUGAUAACAGUGGUGGUUCUCGCAAGCAGAUGGAGAGGAAUAUGGAGAGGGCUGUGUCUCGAGGUCAGAUGGUUCCUGCAGAGUUCCACAGGAAAAAAGCAGAGAUGCUUGAAUCUCUGGCCUCCGGGGUGGAUGAUGGCGGAAGCACAACAUCAGGACUUCUGGGAGCUCUGUAUAGGUACUGUCAGAGGAACGCCUCUGACUGUGCACAUGUGUGGCUCUGUUCUGAGACGGAUUACUACUCUUCAUCGGAGGGGGACAAAGGUUGGGGAUGUGGCUACAGAAACUUCCAGAUGCUUCUUUCAUCUUUGCACAGGAUGGAGCAGUAUAAACAUUUGCCUGUUUCAGUUCCCAGCAUUCCAAGAGUGCAAGCCUUUAUUGAAGAGUCGUGGGAUCAAGGCACAGAUCCUCAGGGUGCUUCACACUUCAACCAUCGACUGCAGGGGACACGGGCUUGGAUAGGAGCUACAGAAAUCUAUGUAGUUCUCAACUCCCUUAGUGUGAAGUCCCGAAUUGUGGAUUUUCACAAGCCCACUUCACAAGCCCACACACACCCCAUACUGUUUGAGUGGGUGAAACAGCAUUUCUCACAUUCUGCCAGUAGGGGUGCAAGACUGACACCCAAAAUAGUGCAGACGACAUUACCACCUAUAUACCUCCAGCACCAGGGCCAUAGUCGCUCUAUAGUAGGAGUAGAACAGAAAGUAAAUGGCAACCUAUGCCUGCUCCUCUUCGAUCCGGGGUGUGCACCAAGGGAAAUGAGUAAGGUGCUGUCACAGGAUACAGCAGCUACCAUGGUACGAUGUAUGCGCAAAUUCCCUGGUAGCCUAAAACACAGACAGUAUCAAGUGGUUGCUGUAGAAGGGCUGCUAACACCUGAAGAGAAACAGAGCUGCAUUCUUAAUUCAAGGACACUAUGUGCUGAGAAAAUUUCUUGAUGGAACUGUCCACAUCUGCAGACUGCAAUUUUAUCUACUAUUCCUGCUACUUUUAUCAACUAGUUCCUUUAAACAGACUGUGGAAAAACUGUAUUUCUGUAUAAAUAAAUGUCAUUAA